AUGACCGCUAUCCUCCCGCAUCGCGAUGCUGACAAAGCGACCUCGUCACCCACAAUCUCAAGGAAAUCCUCCUUUGAUGGCGGUGCAGGCGCAGCAUCGCCAAGGUCGCGACCAACCAGUGGACAAGGUACGCACGAUACAACCAAUGGGGCUGCGCCACACUCCGACCACAGUCACAGGCCGGCGAACGAGAAGCAAUCCAUGACCAAGCGACUCACUCGCAUGUUCUCCGCGCGCGACACCAAUAAAACCGGCUCCGGCUCUGAAAGUGGCGGUACAAAAUCACCCCCCAAGGCCACAACGCCCGUGCCUGGAGAGCCAUCGACGGCGCCUACCUCUCGCCCCGCCCCGCCUUCACGUCAACAAUCUUCGUCGGAAAAGAUCCCAACGAUGCCGAAACCCAAAGAGAAACCCAAAGAGCCACAGUGGCCGGCUCAGCGAUACAUCCUCGUCCCCGACGUACCCGGUGGCCAUGAACAUCACCUCAAGAGCGCCAAGCGCCAAGAGAAGCUGUCCGACAUGCUGCGCGACAUGCUGAUCGGCAAGAAGAAGCCGAUGGAGGCACACGAGGGCGAGCAGCAAUUAUCGCUCAUGUCGAGCUGGGUGGACCAGCUGAAGCGCGAGCGCGAGGCCCUGGCGUCGACCGACAAGAAGGGCGGCCCGAACACGACAGCGACGCUGGUCGAGAAGUACGGCAAGUGCCAGGAGAUCGUAGGCCGCGGCGCCUUCGGCAUCGUGCGCAUCUCGCACAAGCGCAAGGAGGGCGACAACGAGCAGCUCUUCGCCGUCAAGGAGUUCCGCCGCCGCCCCGACGAGAGCGAGAAGCGGUACAGCAAACGCCUCACCUCCGAGUUCUGCAUCUCCUCCUCCCUCCGCCACCCCAACGUCAUCCACACCCUCGACCUCCUCCAGGACUCCAAGGGCGACUACUGCGAGGUGAUGGAGUUCUGCGCCGGCGGCGACCUGUACACUCUCGUCCUGGCGGCCGGCAAGCUCGAGGUCGCCGAGGCAGACUGCUACUUCAAGCAGCUCAUGCGCGGCGUCGAGUACAUGCACGAGAUGGGCGUAGCCCACCGCGACCUUAAGCCCGAGAACCUCCUCCUCACCACCCACGGCGCGCUCAAGAUCACCGACUUCGGCAACGGCGAGUGCUUCCGCAUGGCCUGGGAGACAGACGCGCACAUGGUCUCCGGCCUGUGCGGCAGCGCGCCCUACAUCGCGCCCGAGGAGUACAUCGACAAGGAAUUCGACGCCCGCGCCGUCGACGUCUGGGCGACUGGCGUGAUAUACAUGGCCAUGCGAACGGGCCGGCACCUGUGGCGCGUCGCGCGCAAGGACGAGGACGAGUUCUACGAGCGCUACCUCGAGGGACGCCGCGACGAGGAGGGCUACGGUCCGAUUGAGAGUUUGGCUCGCGCCCGCUGCCGAAAUGUCAUCUACUCCAUCCUCGACCCGAAUCCGAGCCGUCGCAUCACGGCGAGCCAGGUGUUGAAGUCCGAGUGGGGUCGCGAGGUGAAGCUGUGUAAGGCGGGCGAGGAGGGAAUUUAA